GGAUACAGAUAUUUGAGAAAAACGGAACGUAUAGAAGUCAGUUUGGUGUGACAGGAAAGGAGGAGGGACAGCUGUAUUAUCCCAGGAAAGUAGCUGUGAUGAAGGGCUCUGGGAAGUUUGUAAUCUGUGACAGGGGAAACGAAAGAUCAAGAAUGCAAAUAUUUACUAAACAGGGACAUUUUGUCAGGAAAAUCUCAAUCCGCUUUGUUGACAUCGUAGCUUCCUUAGCUAUAACUAGAGAGGGACAUAUAGUUGUUGUGGACAGUGUAACACCGACUUUAUUUAUUAUCUCUGAGCAGGGGGAAAUUAUCAGCUGGUUCGAGUGUGCAGAUUAUAUGCGUGAGCCGAGUGAUAUCUUCAUCAGUGGAACAGAUUUCUACAUUUGUGAUUUCAAGGGACACAAUGUUGUGGUAUUCUCUGAAGCAGGAGAGUUUAAGCGAAGGAUUGGAUUUGAGAAUAUUACUAAUUUCCCGAACGGUAUUGAUGUGUCAGAUGCUGGAGAUAUUCUGAUCGGUGACUCUCACGGGAACAGGUUUCAUGUAGCAGUAUUCUCCUCAGAGGGAAAACUUCUGGGAGAGUUCGAGUGUCCACAUGUCAAGGUUUCCCGUUGUUGUGGGCUAAAGAUAACUAGUGAGGGAUAUGUGGUAACCCUGGCGAAGAAUAACCACCAUGUUCUAGUUCUAAACACCCUGUACAUACCCUAGUUUAUCUAAUACAUAGUACACCCAUAUUUGGUGUACAAGGUAUAUAACACGAGGAAUUUGUCCGAACAUUUUGAUUGAAUUUUCAGUAAUUCAGAAGUGAGUGGAAAACUGCACUUCUCUCCAGUAUUCUACAUUAUAUAGUAUAUACCUACCUAUAUAUAUCAAACAUUCGAUUCUAACGCUUAAUAGAAAAUUUUACGUGACUAUUUACCCAUGAGUGCGUUUUUGCACAUUUCUUUGCACACUCUAAAAUCUGCAUGUAGUUUAUUCAAGCAUGCAUAACAUGUACAAGUAUUUUUUCUAGAUUUAAACUUUAAUAAUUCGCUUUUCCAUGUACAUUAAGACUGUGAGUUUUAGAGCCUUAGUGUUCUGACUUAAACUUAAAUCUUUAAUUUUAUUUUGACCCUAUAUUGUGUCGUGAUUUUUAGCUAGUUUGAAAUAUUUCUGAAAAUUUA